GCUUUUUCUGCACUGGGAAAUAUGCAAAACCCCAGUGCACAUGAGAACACAGUCUUGCAGUCCCAGCUGCCUCUUGAGGAGCAGAAUUAUGGAGCUACUGCAGCACGUGUGAGAGAAGGUCCAUCCGUGCCAGUGUCAAGGAAUGGUGCCCCAAGGAGACAUUAUGUGAUAGCUGCUGUGCUGUGCUAUGCAAACUUAAUAAACUUCAUGGAUUGGUUCAUUAUACCAGGGAUCCUGUUAGAUGUUCAGAAAUACUUUGGUCUCAGUGAUGGGGAUACAGGUCUGCUGCAAACAGUCUUCAUCUUGGGUUACAUGCUGGCUGCACCCAUCUUUGGAUACCUCGGUGACCGGUACAACAGGAAAAUCAUCCUUGGAGCUGGUAUUUUCUUCUGGUCUGGUGUGACAUUAGGCAGCUCAUUCAUCAGUGAAUUGUAUUUCUGGAUAUUCUUUCUUUCACGAGGACUAGUUGGCAUUGGCACAGCCAGUUAUUCCACAAUAGCACCUACCAUCAUUGCAGACCUCUUUGAGGAAGGAAAAAGGACCACAAUGUUAUCUAUCUUCUAUAUCUUCAUUCCAGUGGGAAGUGGUCUUGGUUAUGUCCUGGCAGCUGGCAUGGCAGAAGUCACAGGUGACUGGCACUGGGCAUUCAGGAUAACUCCUUGCAUGGGAGGUCUAGCACUGGUUCUUGUGAUUCUACUGGUCCCUCACAGGACCCAGAGGAGGACAGAAGCACACAGAGCCCUGAGCAUCUCCGGCACAUUACGAAUAGCAGCUGAGAGACCAGGUGUUCAGAGAACUGCCAAGACUACUUGGUGUCAAGAUGUCACAUCACUUGCCAAGAAUUGGAGUUUUGUUUGUUCAUCACUGGGUCUGACUGCCAUGGCCUUUGUUACUGGAGCCCUGGGAAUGUGGGUGCCACUGUUUCUUUACAGGGCCCAGGUUGUCCAGGGCCUUGUGUCACCAUGUCUCCAAGAGUCCUGCAGCUCAUCCAACAGCCUAAUAUUUGGAGGCAUCACCAUUGGGACAGGAAUCUUGGGUGUCAUUGCUGGGGCAGAAGUUGCAAGAAGAUUAAGGAAGAUAAACAAUAAAGCUGAUCCUCUGAUCUGUGCCACAAGCAUGUUCAUUUCUGCUCUGUGUCUCUACACAGCCCUGGUGCUGGCCCAGACCAACAUCAUCUCUACUUUCAUUUUUAUUGCAUUUGGAGAACUGUUCUUAUCUGUAAACUGGGCUGUUGUGACUGAUAUACUGUUGUACGUCGUGACACCGCGGCGACAGUCUACAGCGAUUGCCCUGCAGAUCUUGGUGAGCCAUUUGCUGGGAGAUGCAGGCAGCCCCUACCUCAUUGGGAUUAUCUCCCACGCUAUCCAGGCCAAGAAUGCUGACUCAUUGCAGUGGAGCUUCUGGAGCAUGCAGUACAGCUUCAUCCUCUGUGCUUUUGUUGGUGUCUUUGGGGCAGGUUUUUUCCUCCUCACAUCCUUCUACAUUGAGGAAGACCGGAAGGAAGCGGAGCAGCUCUGAGGAACCAGAAAUGAAUGCUGUCUUUCAAAUGAAGAUGAACUCUGGGGCAAGAUCUGCAAAGAAGAAAGGAAUUUCCUCCCCUUUUUCUUUCCUUUUUGCUUGAUGAGAUACAGCUAGAGAAAAGACUGAAUAACAAUUCCUCCAUAUGGCAGAAAACCCUGCAUACUGACUUUUUGGGAUUAUUUUAACUGUGAGUCAAAAAUUUCUACUGCAUUGGCAUAUGGCAACACCCCCUCCCCCCAUCUGCAAACCAGGCACAGGAGAUGUGGGGAGCUCCAGAAGGUCGUGUAUGGAGCUGCUCACCAAAACAAGACAGGAGCAUUUAAGGCAGAAUGUCUCAUGGAGAUUAUUGAGGAAGACCUAUGAAUUCUCAUCAGGAUAAGGUUUGCCUGUAGAAUUUGCAAAACGUAGACAGCAUAAAAAGAGUUUUCAGUCAUUUGAAAUGACCAGAAGAAGCAGAAACAAAAUAAAGUCAGUUAAUGGCCUCUUUGUAAUCCUUUGAGGCUCUUCAGUGUAUCCUCAGGCCUUGGGUAAGUAUCUCCUCUCAUGAGUGAACAGCAGUAGCUGUAAAACCACUUCCAUCUAACUAUCCUUUUGAUUUGUUAAUCUCUAAAGUGCAGUAGUAGAUUUUGGAUGUGGCAUCUUAUUGUCAUAAUAUCAAGCCAGGACAUGAUUCAUGUGGCCAAUUUUCAUUGCUUGAGGUGGUGUCACUCCCAGCAGCACCUUAAAGCCAAAACCUGAGGAAGGUACUAGCAAGUGAAUUGUGAAAUAUUCUGGAUCCUGCCUGUUUCUCCCAGUAAAUCAUAAGGAUCAUAAAGCACAAUAUUCCUGUAAUGACUGUAAAUAUCUAAUGUCAUUAUAAAUACCAUAAUUCAGCAACUGCAGGUUUUUGUUUCUCCCUCAUUUUAAAAAAAAUUGGGUCCAAAACCUGACUUAAACCUUGGUACUGAAAUUUGGCCAGAACUUUUGCCAUUGUGGGAAAUAAUAGAGGAACUUUUUGGUGAUACUCAGUAAGAGUGUAAAAAUUGUCUUUAAAAUAAAAGUUGGU